GCCGGACGCUAACAACCUGCUGUCUUUGAGUAGGAUUUGCUAAUUGAACACAGAGAAAAUGAAUUGUUUUUCCAUGGCAAAAAUACACACAUCCAUAACAAGGUGAUAUGUGGAGCACUGCAGGCCACGACUGGACCUGUACCGAAAUAUGACUGCACAUAAAAAGACGCACAAAAAUACUUGCAAAACGUUGAAACUAAAAUGUAGAUUUUCAUGGGUGGUGUCUGUUAGAAAGUGGGCUGAUCUCUGUGGUUGUCAUGGAAAUAUGAAAGGGACAUUAGUCUAUUUGGUCACCGUUGUGUCGUGCGUUUCACUCUGGACUUGUCGUUGGCACCAUGUCGGAGGGAGAAAGGCGACCGACGGAGGCCGUUCUCACUCAGCUCCAACAAGGAAAUAUUUUUGUCGACACAGGUUCCUCUGGGCCUGAUGAUAUUUUCGAGGAGGACUCGUAUUCUCCGUCCUCCCUCUCCUCCCCGUCGUCCUCGUCCUCCGUCCACACUGUGCCCUCUCUACGGGGGAAGACCCUGUGCACCUCCUGCGGCCUGGAGAUAGCGGACCGAUACCUCCUCAAGGUGAACAACUUGUGCUGGCAUGUGCGCUGCCUCUCCUGCAGUGUGUGUAAGACAUCACUGGGGCGACAUGUGAGCUGUUACAUCAAAGAUAAACAGGUUUUCUGCAAACUCGACUAUUUCAGGAGGUAUGGGACCCGCUGUGCUCGUUGUGGCCGUAACAUCCACUCUAGUGACUGGGUGCGUCAGGCACGAGGCAGCACCUUCCACCUGGCCUGUUUCUCCUGCACCUCUUGUAAGCGCCAGUUGUCUACUGGGGAGGAAUGUGGACUACUUGAGAACAGGGUCUUCUGUCGGCCACACUAUGAUAUUAUGAUGGAGAAUAUUAAACGUGCUAAGGAGAAUGAGCAACCGAAAGUUGACAGUGAGGUGGCUGACAAAGAUGACUCUAGUACCAUGCCUAGACCUGCUAAGAGGGCCAGGACCAGCUUCACUGUUGACCAGUUACAGGUAAUGCAAACUCAGUUUGCCAAAGAUAACAACCCAGAUGCCCAGACUCUCCAGAAACUGGCAGAGAGGACUGGUCUCAGCCGCAGAGUUAUUCAGGUUUGGUUUCAGAACUGUCGCGCUCGUCAAAAGAAACACAUCAGCCCAAAUCCUGCUUCCUCAGCCAUGAUGACAUCACUUGCUCCUGGUCAGCUGACACCACCUAUGAUGGAGGAUCUGCAAUACACAACCUUUAUUUCCCCAGACACACCCCUCCUCACUACACUGACUUAUAUGGAUGUCCAAACUCCAGACCCACUUUUGCUUCAGCCACUCAUAUCCCAUUCAUUGACACAACUGCCAGUCAGCCAUGCUUGAACUAUAGCCCACCUCCUGAAAACUGAGGAUGAUGAUUGCCUGCUGGGAAGAUGAAGAUCAUUACUCUUUGAUUAACACCAAAAAAAAAAAAAAAAAAAAAAAAAAAAAAAAGCAAA